AUGAGUAAGGAACAUGUCAUUGAAGAUUCAUACAUGACUGAUAAACUAGAUAGUGGUGGUGAUGAUGACAGUUGUGAUGAAAGGUCACGUGUAAUCAAGUUUAAUGAAGAAGAUUCUUUAGGUAAGGAUUUUGGUUUCAAUGUUGGAAUGAAGUUUUCUUCAUUCAGACAAUUCAAAGAUGCUAUCUUAGAGCAUAAUAUUUUGAGUGGUAGGGAUGUUAAGUUUGAGAAAAAUAAUGCUAACAGAUGUAGGGUGGUAUGUAAGGACAAGAAAAAAUGUGACUGUACAAUCUUAUGUGGUAGAGUUUUAACCUCCACCACAUUUAGGGUUAAAACAUUGUUCUCAAAGCACAAAUGUGGAAGACAAUUCUUCAACAAAAAUGCUAAAACGGAGUGGGUUGACAAAGUCAUUAUUGAUGGAUUAAAGAAUAACUCAAGGAUGAGGUUAAGUGAGGUGGUAGCAGAUGUUAGACAAAGGUAUGCCACAAAAAUUCCAGGAUAUAGAGCAUUCAAGGCAAGAUAA